UCCAAAAUGACAACGUGUGUCAUUCCAAGCGUCGAAUCAGCUGUUCAGGUUGCAUGUGAUUGCAAGUAAUCGUGUCCGCGAGGAAUGGUUGAAAUAGUGAUCGUUUGAAUAAUUUUCCACCUUGCACGAUAUCAUUUAAUCAAUUCACGUAUCUCCAGGAUGAAUAGCUCGACAGAUCCCAGACGACCUGAAAAGGAAGUCCGUUACAAGCCACCUGGUUCAAAUAAUCAAGGGCAAAUGCAGGAUGACUUGACGCCAGACUACAUGAACGUUAUAGGAAUGAUCUUCAGCAUGUGCGGCCUGAUGAUGAGACUGAAAUGGUGCGCCUGGGUGGCGCUUUACUGCUCUUGCAUCAGCUUUGCCAAUUCGCGUGUCAGCGAAGACACCAAGCAGAUCCUCAGCUGCUUCAUGCUGUCCAUAUCGGCGGUGGUGAUGUCUUAUCUGCAAAAUCCGCAACCCAUGACACCACCGUGGGCAAGUGCCAUGCAGUGAGGGUAAAGCUCCGCGCGACUUGUUCCAUUAACAUCUUCAAUUUGUGUACGCGAGUGCAAAGAAACUUUUAACGUUUGAAAUUGAAAUAAUAAUUAUGUGUUGUGAAUGACGAUUAUUUAUACUGUACAAAAAAAUCCCCAUAAGAAUAUGAAUGAAUAAUGAUGAAGAUCCA